AUGUAUCAAGAAAAUAACUAAAUAAACAUCACUGGCCAUCAGCUGGUCGAAUUUAUUUGUUUACGUGAAAAAAUUAUUGUUUUUGAUAAAAAUCCAAUAAAAUACUAACAAUUAUUUUAUAAAAUAAUGAAUUUUAAGCCCACAAUAACAUAUACGGGUGCUGCUCCAUUAUUUCGCUCAUUGGAGUCACAAAUUUCAAAUGCCAUCCCAUUGGAUACUUGUGAAUGGCGUCGUACUUUACAUCGACCCACAAAACACGUACGCUUAGAUGCUCAAUUUCAGCCACUCAAUGAAAAACUUUUGGAAAAAUAUAAAAAAGGUGAAUGGAGUAUAGUGGAACAUCCAAUACUGCAUAUUUAUGUGACGGAAUGUAAUGAUUUGGAUAGUUAUAAGAAGACAACACAUGAAGAAAUCGAUAAUUGGUUAAAAUUAUUAUCCAGUUAUGAUGUUUCCGAUUGGAUGAUUUUAUUAGUGGAAACUAUAGAUGUAAGAAAAACAAAAAACUUAUUGCAAAGAACUACGGUUCUUGAUAAAAUACGUUUAGAUUUUGGUGCCAAAAAUGAUGAUCGUUGCAUUUCCGUAUUGAAUCCAGCGAAAUUCGAACAAAAAUCAACCGAAAGUUUUCGUUGUCUUGUUCAGAGAAUAAGAUUCCUUAUGCUAACCAGCUAUAAUCGCAAUAUUGGCAAAUACGAAGAGCUCAUACGUUCGAAGCGUGAAAAACGCAAUCACGAGGGUUGGGAUUUUCGUCAAUAUUUCUUCCUACAAGAAGAUUUAGCCUUGGUCUUCGAAAAACUUGAAAUACAUAACGAAGCACUUAUACAGUACGACGAACUUGAUGCCAUAUUUUCACAAUUCAUAACAAAUUCCAGUUUUGGUGAAAAACAAAAAUGGUUGGAAUACUUUCGCCGACCCCUAACCUCUUUUCAUGGCGUAUGUCUGCGUCGUAAAGAUCGUUUUGAGUGGCGAGAAAAAAUUCGAAAUGAAGGUGUUUCUCUGUUAGAGUUUCGAAAUUAUCUUUUUGAAAGGCAAGCCUAUCUUUUGCAACAAAGUAAUGACACACCCUGUAUAGCAAAGAGAUUAUUGGGAUUUUUAUUUUCUACUUUAAGAGAAGUGGAGUUGAUUAAAUUGGAAUGUCAAGAGGGUGCCUUGGCUUGCUGGGAGUUUGUUUGUGCUUUAGAAGUGUUACAGGUGUGUGAGCUAUCUAUGGAACCACAAGAAGUAACUUGUUUUCAACAUUGUGCUCCCAUAUGGAAUUUGGCUAAAGAUAAAUUAUAUGAAUUGGGCAAACUGUGUGGUCUACUGCCAGGUUGUACACCCACCUCGGCUCAAUUGCAUAUAGUGGUACAACUUUCAGCGGGUAUCGGAGACACACCAAUGGAUCAGCAACAAUUUUUGAAUCCUAUGCCACAGCAAAGAGAUCGUUCACCAGCUAGAAGGCCACGCAAGUCAGCACCAGAACAGCUAAAAGAGGCUUUGGGUUCAAAUCAAGCCUUCCAGAAACUUUAUUUAGAAUUAGCUGAAUUAGCUAUCAGCACUUAUAAGCAUGUAUCACGUUUAAGGUCUGCCCGUUUAGUGGGUUUGGAUUUGGGUAAUUUUUAUUGUGCCCUUAAUGAGCCACACAAAGCAGUGGGCUUUUUUACGGAUUUGUUAAGAGAACUUAAAGCAGAAAAUUGGCCGGCAUUAUGCUCACAGACUCUAUUGGAGUUAUCGAACUGUUAUCGUAAAAUGGGUGAUGCCAUGGCUUAUACCAAAACCUGCAGUGCCAUCUCCUGCUGUCCUGAAUUAGAAACUCUAGUUAGAUCUUUUUACUUUGAUGAAUUCUUAAAAUCCCUAAAAUCACUCAAAUCGGCUCUUUCGGCCCAACCCUCUGUGGAAAAUGCUAACUUUUGUGUAUUAGAAGAUCACUUUCGCAUCUUAAACAUUCAAGUACUCAACGAUAAACCUAUUAUACAGGAUGAAUACGUAUGUGUUCAAUUACAAUUCGAAAGUCUUUAUCCUCGAGAUGUGCUAGUCGAUGAGAUUAAAUUGUCGUUUGAACGUUAUGUAACACCAUUGCCUACGCAACAGAAUAUGGUCAGUGUGGGUUUAAAUAAACCCAUAGCAGCUAAUAAGGAGAAUCGUUUAAAAUUUUCUUUACUUUUGGAUCGUAAACAAGAUACUACUUUAGCGUGUGCUUCGGUGGCCUGUGAUAUACCGAAACCAAAACAGCCAGUGCGGCGUACAAGUAGUACUAAACGCAAACUAUCACCAAGUGUUCAAUCGGACUUUACAAAUUUUGUAGCGGCCGAAAAUAUAGUCAUACAUCCUGGUCUCGAAGUGGUAGAGUUGAAGACAAAGGGCACACGUGUUGGUCAAUGGGAAUUUAAGCAGCUUUGCAUACGCAUGUCACAAUUGGAAUUUCUUUCCGAACAACUGCCUGUUAAAUGUCCACCCUUUGAGAUUACUACAAAACCUGCUACAGCUGUUUUAAACUUUAAGACAUUAAUUGCGGGCAUUGAACAACCCAUACGUCUUCAUGUGUCCGGUGGUAGUUUUAUAUUUCCACCAGAUGCCAAAAUAACACUAAAAUGUUCCAAAAAUUUACGCAUACGUAUGCAAAAUCAAAUAAAAGAAGAAGAUUCUGACACUAAUAAAGAGAAUCCCGAUGAAGAUGCCACAUUUGAGAGUAAUUUAAAUGUACCGCUAACGAAUUUUAAAUCAUUCGAGGAACGUGAUAUACCAUUGGAAGUUUUAACGGAUAUGCCGGGACGCAAAUUGACCAAACACCUAGAACAUCACAUUUCAUUGAGUUGCCCCUGGUCACGUAAUGAACUACAGAUACCCAUUGAAUUCCAACCGGCCAUAGAGGCCUCAUGUCACUUGCAUACCUGUGGUACGCAAAAAUUUUUGCAAGUGAUUGUUCGGGGUUUAGAGGCGCAUCUGUACUUGACCGAGGCACGGGUGCGUUGUGAUGUACCAGGUGUACGUUUGAUCGAUUUGAAUCCUCCAACACAACAGAGAAUUGAAAUCUAUAAAUCUCUGACGGUUUAUUUCCUAUACGAAAUCCAAGUGGAACCCUUAAAUGCUGAAGUUGAAUUUCCUGUCAUCAAAGUUCAUUUUGUUACCAAAUACUCUAGCGUGGAGAAACCCUAUUUACUGCGUAAUUUUGGCUGUGCCUUUGAUUUGGUCGAUUAUGUUACCUUGUUUAAGGUUCAAGCACAACUGGAACCCAAUGAGUUGUGUCGUCUAAAGUCUGUGUGCAAUUUAAAUAUAAAAAUUACUAAAAUUCAUGAAAAUCCCUUCGUCGAUCUAAUGUAUGAAGUGUUGACAGAUCAAAAUUCUUGGGCUGUUUGCGGUCGAUCAUCAGGUGUCAUUUCCAUGAAAGAGGUUGAAAGUCAUUCCAUUUGUUUGGACGUCAUGCCCCUCUGUACCGGUUUCUUACCUAUGCCUAGCAUACGUUUAUCUAAAUAUACCGCUGGCGGUAAAAACAAAACCGAUACUCACUCCAAAGUUCAUCCGUUUCCACCCGGCCAGUUAUAUAAUUCUACAAAAUCAAUGCAAAUACAUGUUAUUGCUACCGCGGGCGAACAAUAAUUAGAUUUUUUAAUUAUUAUUAUUUUUUCUAUUUUUAUUAUAAUAAUUAAUAAUUAUAAGGUGAAUUUAUUUAUUUAAUUCUACUUUUUUUUUAUUUAGACAAAAAGUAUUAUUGUUAAUC